UUUGGGUUUAUGGGAUAUGGUCGCAGCAUUAAAAUAUGUCCGUCAAAAUAUUAAAUCAUUCGGAGGAGAUCCUGAUAAAAUAACUAUUUAUGGUUAUAGUGCUGGAGGAGCAAGUGUUUCUCUCUUAUCAGCUUCUCCUCAUAGCCAAGGUCUUUUUAAACGAGUUAUUCAAAUGAGUGGUUCUCCUCUUGCUGCUUGGGCAUUAAACGAACGAACAGUUAAUGAAACAAUUAAUUUGGCUAAAGCAAUUGGUUGUUCUAAAACAAAUUCAAUUAAACAAUGUUUGACUAAAAUUAAUAUUUUUGAUGCUUGGAAUUUUGUUGAUAAAUUAGUUUUGUUGAUUGAUUUUCCUCAAUUAAUUGCUAAUGCUGAACCUAAACAAACAAUAAUGGGAUUUGUUGAGUUAGAGACGUUAUUGUGGACACAAUUCAUGGGGCGUAACAAUACAUUAGCUGCUUAUGCCAUUCCAUGGGAAGAAUCGAAAUACUUUGAUAUUCACCAAUUUAAAGACAAAGUUAAAAGAAUUGUUGCAAAAACUGAAUUUUUUGGAGAAAAAAUAGCUAAUGAGUUGACUAAUGAAAUUGUGGAAUUUUAUUUAAAUAAUGAUCCCCUUAUUGAAUUUAAUCGACUUGAAAAUACGACAGCCUCCAAUUAUUAUUAUUUACAACGAUAUACUUUGGUAAUUAAUUGGAUUAGGAAAAAAUAA